CCCACUCCCGGCCGUCCCUCCCGCACCGCCGGGGGCCGGGCCGGGCGGCAGGGGCGGUGCUGGCGGGCGGGACGGACCGACCCCGCCGAGCCGAGCCCCGCCGGGCGGGACGCAGCCCGCACCAUGUCUCCGCUCCGCGUCUGCAUCGUCGGCUCUGGGAACUGGGGAUCAGCUAUAGCCAGAAUCAUUGGCACAAAUGUCCAGAAGUCCAACAGAUUUGAUCCUACUGUCAAGAUGUGGGUGUUUGAAGAGAUCAUCAACGGAAGAAAACUCACAGAAAUAAUCAACCAGGAACACGAAAAUGUUAAAUAUCUACCUGGAUACAAGAUACCCCACAAUGUGGUGGCUGUACCAGAUGUGGCUGAAGCAGCAAAUGGGGCAGAUAUUUUAGUGUUUGUUCUGCCACAUCAAUUCAUUGGACGAAUCUGUGAGCAGAUUGCAGGACAGAUAAAACCUGGAACAUUUGGGAUUUCCCUGAUCAAGGGGAUUGAUGACGGUCCUGAUGGCCUGAAGCUCAUCUCUGACCUCAUUCGAGAGCACCUGAAAAUAGAAAUCAGUGUCCUUAUGGGGGCCAACAUAGCCAAGGAAGUGGCUGAUGAGAAGUUCUGUGAAACCACCAUUGGCUGCAAAAACAAAACACAAGGGGAAAUCUUUAAAGAGUUAAUGCAGACUCCCAAUUUCAGGAUUACUGUGGUGCCUGACUCCGAUACAGUGGAGCUUUGUGGAGCCUUAAAAAACAUCGUGGCAGUGGGAGCUGGGUUCUGUGAUGGACUGAGUUUUGGUGAUAAUACCAAGGCAGCAGUGAUACGCUUGGGCCUCAUGGAAAUGGUGGCCUUUGCCAAGAUGUUCUGCAAGGGACCAGUGUCAAUAGCCACAUUUUUGGAAAGCUGUGGGGUUGCUGAUCUGAUCACUACCUGCUACGGGGGACGCAACAGAAAAGUAGCAGAAGCCUUUGCUCGCACAGGAAAGUCCAUUGAGGAACUGGAAAACGAGAUGCUGAAUGGACAAAAGCUGCAAGGUCCUCAGACCUCAGCUGAAGUCUACAAGAUUCUGAAACAGAAAAAUAUGCUGGAUAAGUUUCCAUUAUUUACAACCAUCUACAAGAUCUGCUACGAGGGUCAAGCAAUCCAGGAUUUCAUCAUGUGCCUGCAGAACCACCCAGAGCACAUGUAGAGAUCCCCUCUCCUCACCUGGCUGCAUUCUCACCUUCCCGAGACUUCUGUCCACUACCCAGCAAUUAGGGAAACAGGUUGUGUGACAACACUUGCUGUAAAGGCAGCAAAGAAUGUAUUUCAUUAUCCUUGUUCUGGGGGUAAAAAAUCUGCCUUUAAUUUCAACAUUAUACCCAAGGAAUAGGAAAUGAAUGUAAAAUUUAACAGUAUGAAUUAAUAACGUGGGCAUUUCCCUAGAAUUCCUUUCUUGUUGACUGAAAACAGUUCCCCUUCUAAUUUCCAUAACAAGAUCCUAAUAUAGCUCAUGAGAACCUCAACAUUUUGCCUACUAAUGCAAUCACAGAACAGCACAAAAUAGAGAAAAAUUGAAGAACUCAUUCAAAGAGACAAAUUAUAAUUUAAAAAAAAAAAAAGCUCCGACAGCAGUAACAUGCAAUCACAUGGGCAAAUGUUGGGGUUCCAUAAUUCCUCUUGAACACAAAUAACAUUUUUUAUUUUGUGACGUUUAGGCCCUCCUUGGUUUCAUUUCCCAGUAUAAGCCUCUCUGGAAAAAUCAAUAUUGUUACUGUGCUCUGACACGCACAAGUGUUCAGCAGAUGUAUAAAUAAAAUGGUUUAAGUGUGGGGGAAAGGAGAAAUAAGGGGUUUUGGAUGGGGGUACUGUUUCAAAUUUGGGACCCUAGGAAUCAUCAGUAGUAGUCUGACCUUCCUUAUAAACUUACUGUAUUCCUUUAAGAUACAGAAAAAAAAUUUGAAAUAACCGAACACCUUUCUGUUCGCAUCAGAUUUUCUCAGCAAGUCUUCAUCAUGAAUUGGUACCAGCUGAGAGGGGAGAAGUGGAGGCUGGCAGGGAGGAUGGAGGCACAGCUCAGCUUGCACCUUGUGCACUGCUGUUAUUUUGAGGGCGUAAAGAAUAACAGUGAAAAACCCUUGGUGGUACUUGACUUUUAUACAAGUAUGAAAACGACCGCUACAGACGCACAGAAAUCCAUUUGAAACGGGGCUGCAUUUUAACUCCACUGGGAAACUCCACUGGUCUGACUCCAGUGCAGCAACCCAUGCCUUUCCAGACUGCAGAGUAAUGCCCUGAUCCUGAUUAAGCAACACAUCUUACACCCCACAAGAGAGAUCUCCAUCUACUUCUGAAUUUUAAACACAACCUGGUGCAUAUGCCAGGGGUUUUUUUAUCGUGCUACCAAUGGCGUAAACUUUAGAACCACUGAAGUUUUUAAACCUUAUAGUUGUACUUAGGUAACUUUACAUACCUGAUGUUUUUCAGAGUUAAAAUCAUCUACAAAAUGAACAAUGGUGCAUUUUAUAAGCUUUAAUACCCUUUUGAAACACUCCUAUUUUGAGAGAAGGCAAACAAAAAGGAAGAGUAACCUACUUUUGCUGUGCUUUAUCUGAUUUUUCAAAAUAGCAGAGAGGAAGGCAAGUGGGUUUUUUUUAAGCUAUGUAUUCACGGGUAGAUUGUUUAGAGGAAAAAAAAAAGAUUAUAAAAUCAUUUCAACUCAUUAUAGAGGAAUAUUAUCAGAGUAAUAUAUAUACGAAUGUAUUGUAAUUACAAAUAUAUUGUAAAAAUCUCAGUCUCACAGCUAGCAAAGCUAGCUCAAAUACCAAACAAUGGCUGCAGCACCCCUGAUCCCUGCUGGACAGCAGCAAAGGCAGCUCAGCUUCUCCCGCUCAGACUCCAGUCACAGCCAAUGGCUCGAGGCUCAGAGGGCAACACCAACAUUCCUUCCACUGAAAUGGGAAUCAUGUGGCCAAAUCCUUUUCACAAAAGCAGGGAAUUUAUGAUCUUCAAUUUCAAGUGGAAAAGUAACAUAUAUUGCACAGUUUUAAAGUAUCAAAUACAUGAGGGUGGGAUAGAGAAUUCAGGAACCUCCUUACUUCACCAUCAGGCUGAAUUUCUGAUAAGUCAUGUAUGAGCUAAUAAUAACAUAAAACAUUUUACAUUCAAAGUGUAUCAAAUAACAGUUUAAUAAAGUGAUCAAUAUGAAGA